UAAAUACCUUUGGCUGAUCGAUUGAUUCCAGAGGAGUCUUGAUGCCAUCUGGUGGAGAGAGAAGUCUGAUGAACGCUCAGCUGCAUCUUCCGUCCCCGAAUGGUGGUGCCCAAGGUUUCCAGAGCCCUAAUACAGUUCUGCAAGGGAUGGACUGUCCAACCGGUCACCGAGCGGGACAUUUUCAUUCAAAUGAAGGCCGGGGAAAUGGCCAAGGGAAGAGCCCGCAGCUCCAACUGUCCUGUGUCGGCCUGCUUCAGCUCCCGAGACCUCCGACCGAGUCCGACUCUGAAAUUUCAGGCGAUGUGGAAGAGCAAGCCCCUCCUUUAUUGCAGACUCCUUUUCUAUUGGUAAAAUUCCUGUGCAGGGUCACGCAGGGAGCCCACCCCCUCUGUGUGUUUUCAUUCUUGAAGCUCCCCACAACUUUACACCUGAAUGAACGCCAAACCUCCGCCAAUAUAUAAAGGAAAGCUUCGGGAGAAAUUUCCCAGUCGCAGCGAAGGAGCAGAGGAGAGGGAUCUAACGAGCUCUUCGUUCAAGCGUAUAACUCACGAUGAUCCUUCCUGUCAUCCACUUCUAUCUCGUCCUCCUCGCCUGCUUCCUGAUGAAAAGCUGCUUGGCUUUUAAGAACGAUGCCACAGAAAUUCUGUAUUCUCAUGUGGUUAAACCUGUUCCGGCGAAUCCUAGCAGCAACAGCACACUGAAUCAAGCCAGAAAUGGAGGCAGACAUUUCAGUAACUCCGGAUUAGAUCGGAACAAUCGGGUUCAAGUGGGCUGCCGGGAGCUGCGAUCCACCAAGUACAUUUCAGAUGGUCAGUGCACCAGCAUUAACCCUUUGAAGGAGCUGGUGUGCGCCGGGGAGUGUCUGCCUCUGCCCGUCCUUCCCAACUGGAUCGGCGGGGGCUACGGGACCAAAUACUGGAGCAGGAGGAGCUCCCAGGAGUGGAGGUGCGUCAACGACAAGACUCGCACCCAGCGGAUCCAGCUCCAGUGCCAAGACGGAAGCACGCGCACCUACAAGAUCACCAUGGUCACGGCCUGCAAGUGCAAAAGAUACACCCGACAGCACAACGAGUCCAGCCACAACUUCGAGGGGGUUUCACCCGCCAAGCCGGGCCAGCACCACAAAGAGCGGAAAAGAGCCAGCAAAUCCAGCAAGCACAGCAUGAGUUAGAAACCAGACUAUCAGAGACGAACUGAUCAGUAACCGUCCGCUUUUAACCGGGUCCGACCGCUUAAAAGACUAAGUCGUCCGUUGCGGUUUUCUCAUUUGAAAAUAUACGCUUCUUGCUUUGACCAAACUUGAGAGGGUCCUCAUAUCUUUCGGGACUUUCUUGAGGAAUUUUGUUUUCCCUUUCAGAUUUUCAAGAUGGGGAUACCCACACGUGCUACCUGCCUUUAAACCACACCCACAUCACACAGUUAGGGACCGACGCAAGUCUGGGAAGACUAGUUCCUCCUUUCCGAUAACUCAGAUGGAGCAAACCGGUCAUUGCCAUGAAUUUUCACUGAAGUUUGAUUUUUCAGAAAGGUGCUCUUCUGUGAAUCUUUAUGGGAACAGACUAGACUGUAACUAGACUAGACUAAAGCUCGACAGGAGACAGGAGUCCUGCCACGAAACUGUAAGCUCCUUGAGGGUGGGGAUCGUGACUGCCAAUUCGGUUAUAUUGUACACUCCCAAAACCCUUAGUACGGUGGUCUGCACAUAAUAAGCAUCCAAUAAAUACUAUUGAUCGAUUAAACGAACAGAUCCUCGGCCAAUAGUUUAUUUUCCGUUUAGAGAACUUUCUACGCCUUCCCAAAACAAAGCCCACAUUCACGGAACGGUUUCUUAGUACGAAAGAAUGUUUUCUUGCAUGACGGUGCUCAUGUGCAUAUCCCAGUAUUCCCGAGAUGCAUGGCAGCAGCUGAAAAGUAAAUCUGAAUAAACUAUUUAUUUGUCAAUGUAAUUAUUUAAUGAGCUUUUACAUGUGGUUUUUCUAAAUGUUCUUUUUUUGUAUCUUUUCAUGUAACUAAAUAUUUUCCUAUGAUUUAACGUUGACCUGAAAUUGAAUAUGCAUCCUGUAGAUAUGUAAAAUAAAUGUUUUAGUCUUCUUGUUAUAUAUAUAUAUAUAUAUAUAUUUUUCAUCGUGAACCUUAUCAACAGCUUGGAUAUUUUUUAUCAGUGAGAAAGCUUUUUAAAAAAUGCUUUGUAAAAGCUACAUUAUAUUCUUUUUUGUUGUUGUUUAAUCUGUGCAAUCCAAAGGUAUGUCUGAAGACUUUUGACUUCAUCAGUUUCUUUUAAGAAAAAUAAACACUGCACAAUGAGUUAUUGUUCUUGGUUCCAACAUGUAAGAAAAUGCAUGAGUUUGCGUGAAUUAUCCCACAUAAUCUUGCAAAUAAGGAAGCUUACUUGGUUUUCAGUGAGUUCUAUUGAUGUUUUGGCAGCCAUUUCUAUAAUAAAAAGUGAGCAGCCUUUCAUA